AUGGAUAAUAUUUUUGAUAAUAUAUUUAAAAUAAUUUCUGCCUAUAAAAUGAAUGUUGCAUCCGACUAAAUAUAAGAAAAUGGGCCUUAAGAAGUCUAAAAUGAUGUAAUUACAUAACAUUGAUGUUGCAUUAGACAAAAUUUGUAUGGAUUCCAAAAAUUGAAGAUAAACUUAAGGAGCUUUAUGUCUUGCAAUAAGGGAAUUGGAAAUCAAUAAGUGCUUAAUUAAAUGGUCCUACACCAUUAGAAUGUAUGUAUAAAUGGCAAUAGCUCCAUCCAGAUUAAGUAUGUACAUUAUUAAAACAUAGAAUCCUAGUAGAUAAUUAUGGUCACCUUAAGAAGAUGAAUAGUUGAAAGAAUUAGUUAAAAAAUUUGGAAAAAAAUGGAGUAAGAUCUGUACAGUAAUGAAUUGGAGAACAGGAAAAUAAGUUAGAGAACGUUAUUUGAAUUAAUUAUAAGGGACAAUAAAUUAAGAUAAGUGGACAGAAGAGGAGGAUAAAAUGAUACUAAAAUUAUAUAGGAAAUUUGGAACUAAAUGGAGUUAUAUAUCAAGUUUUUUAAAUGGAAGACCUGUAAUUAUCAUAUUAUUAUAGACUUAGGAAAAUAUGGUGAAAAAUAGGUUUUAUGCCAACCUAAAGAGACGAUAUCAAUGUGAUAUUGUUGAUUCUGAUGAUGAUGAAUAUGAAGAGAAUUCUGAUAUCUCCUCUGAUGAUGAAAAAAUUAAACUUUAAAAAAGAAGAAAAUUACCUAGAUAAACAAAGGAUGAUCAAAAACAAAAAAAAAUUUAGGUUUAGGAAGUGAAUUCAUAGAAUUUUUAAAUAAUUACCAGAUCAAAACUAAAUAAAAAAAAUGAUGAAAAUAGUUUAAAAUUAGAUUGUUCUAAUUAGGAUCACAAUAAUGAGAAUAAUUCUGGUAUAAUAUUUAUUAUUAUAAUAAGUAUUAUAAAAUGCUAACUCACUUUUGAAUAAUCAAGUUACUAAUAUUAAAGAAGAAAAUUUAUUAAAAUUUGAUCAGAAUGAUUUUAAUUCAUCUAUUCCUUAAUAACCUUAAUUCAAAUAUUUAGUAAAUUAAGAUGUCUAAAUGAUCAAUAAUUCUAAUGUAUUGCAAUAAUACUAAAAUAUUUUACUCUCAACUUAAUCAAGUCCAAAUGUUAUUUAAAAUUAAAAUCAAAUUCAAAAUUUAUAACAAAAUAAAUAAUCGUAAUUCAACAUAUCAUAAUAACCAUAUGUAAUCAAUCAAUAUCCAAUAUAUCAAAUGAUGAAUCCAUAUGUAGGAUUUGUCUCUCCAUAAUAAUAAUUUAUAUAUCAGUUACCAUGUUAAUCUAAUUAUUAAGAUUAGAUUAAUUAAUUGUAAAAUUGGAACUAACUCUCUGCAUUUUACAAUAAUUAAUUAUUGUAGAAUGGCUUGUAACCAUGA